AUGCUGCGUGCUGCCAGUCGACUCGGGACACACUCGAGCUACCGCACACUCGCUACAGCCGCCGGAUACGCUCCUCGCACUCGCGCUCCUCCUCCCCACACUACUCUCAUCGCACCCGGUCCUCGCACGCACUCGAACGCCUACGCGACCAUCUCCAAGCCCACAGACGACGCCAUGACCACCCAAGUCGACAAGAGCCGCUACCUCGCCGACUCGAACCCACCUGUUUGCUCACUCCGCAUCGCCGACUCGUUCAAGGCCCUCACGCGCGAGGAGAAGCUCUAUGCGCACUAUAUCAGCCAGGCGAGCUGGGCGGGUGGCAGGAUUAUUCAGCGACAGACUACGCCGACCGCUGAGCGUCUGUGUGACCUCGUUAUCGCGACUUUCUCGGCGGCGAAGGGAAAGGCGGCGGAUCUCGAGGCUUUGAAGGCGAAGAGUGGCGUGAGCGACGAGGACUGGAACGAGCUGUUGGCGUACUCGGCCCAGGUCCUGUCGAACCUCUCGAACAUGCGAUCCUUCGGCGCGACCAAGUUCAUCCCUCGCGUCUCUGAGCAGUCCUUCGAGGCUGUCGUCAAGGCGUCUCAGCGGUCGGACGUCGCCCUCCCUCUCUGGCAAGAGCUGAAGGAGGAGAUCUACUCUCUCAGCCCCGAAGCGUCUCUCUCGAUCGGCAAGCCUUCCGCCGGCCACGUCUCCGCCUACUACCCCUCCUCUCCCGCUCCAUCCGACGCACAAGUCGACGAAGUCCAAGCCCUGUGCGACGCAGCAGGCAUCUCAACCGCCAACACCCGCCUCUCCCGCGUUUCCGACACCGAACUCGUCCUCCUCGUCGCGUCUAUCUCAGCCCUCCCUUCGCACUACCCCAAGUCGCUCAAGUCCGAAAAGCUCGGCUUCGAAGUCCGCCUUCAAGCGGGCGACUAUGCCGAUGCGCUGGCGAAAGUCGACGCCGCGCUCGCUCAGGCGGGCCAGUAUGCGGCGAACGACAACCAGCGUGAAAUGCUCAAGCACUAUGCCAAGUCUUUUGAGACGGGCAACAUCGAGGCGCACAAGGAAGGGUCGCGCUCGUGGGUUAAGGACGUCGGGCCGGUCGUCGAGUCGUACAUCGGAUUCAUCGAAGACUACGUCGACCCCUUCGGCGCCCGCGCCGAGUGGGAAGGCUUCACUGCCAUCGUCAACAAGGCCGAGAGCGCAAAGUUCGAUACGCUGGUCCAGGGCGCUGCGGAGCACCUCAAGACGCUUCCCUGGCCUAAGGAGUACGAGGUCGACGUCUUCAAGCGCCCCGACUUCACAGCACUCGAGAUCCUCUCUUUCGCGACUUCUGGCAUUCCCGCAGGCAUCAACAUCCCGAACUGCGAGUCUUCGAAUCUCUUUCUCGGCCUGAUACGGCUUUUCAGCAACUACGACAUCAGGGAGUCUCUCGGCUUCAAGAACGUCAGUCUCAUCAACGUCCUCUCCGCCAAGGCGCCCGGCGAGCCCUGCACCUUCAUCUACCCGGACGAAGUCGAGCAGUACCGCGCCUGGGAGGACAAGGCCUUCUCGGUGCAAGUUGCCAACCACGAGCUGCUUGGCCACGGCAGCGGCAAGCUGUUCCAGCAGCGCGCGGACGGAUCGCGCAACUUUGAUCCCGAGAAGACGAUCAACCCCCUCACGGGCGAGCCGAUCGAGUCGUGGUACAUGCCGGGCGAGACGUAUGGCUCCAAGGUUGGACCGGUGUCGUCGUCGAUGGAGGAGUGCAGGGCUGAGGCUGUUGCGCUCUACCUCGCCUCGAACGCCGACAUUGCGACCAUCUUCGGCCACGACACGAAGGAGGCGCAGGAGGACCUCGUCUACUACACCUUCCUCGUCAUGAUGCGCGCUGGUGUACGCGCUCUCGAGUUCUACGACCCGACGACGAAGAAGCACGGCCAGGCGCACAUGCAAGCUCGUCUCGGUAUCGCCCAGUGGCUCAUCAGCCACGACAUUGCGCGCGUCGAGUUUGUCCACGACGACUCGGGCAACCUCGUCGAUGCGUUCGCUCGCGUCGAUCGCAAGGCUGCGCUCGAGCGCGGCAAGGAGGUCAUGGGACAGCUUUUGGUCGAGAUUCAGGUUCGGAAGAGUACGGGUGACGGACCGGGCGCGACCAAGUUCUACACGGAGUUGACGGCGCCGUCGGCGGAAUGGGUGGACAAGCUUCGUCCGCUCGUCCUCGCCAAGAAGCUGCCUCGCAAGGUCUUUGUUCAGCCCAACACCGUCGUCAAUCCCUCGACUGGCGACGUCGAGCUCGUCGAGUACCCGACUACCCCCGAGGGCGUCGUGCAGAGCUUCAUUGAGCGUGAUCUGUAG